GCGAAAGAAUCUUUCGGGGGCGGCCGUUAAUGAGCGACUCCGUAUAGUGCAAGCAUUCGCCGGUGGCAGCAGAGCUAGUGGUAACUGGCGCGGGUGCGCGACUCACGUUCUCCAAGCCACGCGAUCCGCCGCCACCGCAUUACAAUUGCCGCCUGUCUGUUGGAGUGGUGACGCGCCGGGUGACCGCUCUAGCUUCGUAUGACUUGUGUUCGGUAACCCCACAUCUGUGCCGUAGUGGCUCUGUGUCUAGCCAGUGAAUUGUGCCAAUGCAACUGCCGCCUCAUGGUGCCCCAGAGCGGAAGACUGCUCUUCUUCGCCCUGCUGAUGGUUGCUGGUCCAAACAUAAAAAAUGGGGGCGCCACUUUAAACUGUCUAGUUGCGCGCCAACUCUGCUUCGAUGACGCCUCCUGUUCAGCCAUUCUCGAAAUUAUUCCAAGAGUUUGUGGCCCGGAAUUAGUGGCGUGCUCAACAGUGACUGUAACGAAAUGCCAGGCAGCUCUUCGCACUCUUCAAGCUUUUCCAUUCUUCAAGCCAACAUGUCUGUGUCGAGAACCUCACGCAGAUCCAGAGUGCAACUCCUUCAGGGACUUUCUCUUCGAUCACCCUUGUAUAUUCGUCACAAAAAAAGAGAAAGAUCCUUACCCCGUGGACGCUUUGCCGACUUGCAAUUACGCCUUAUCCGUAUGCCAACAAGAAGGCAAAUGUCUAAAACUGUACGAGGAUUUCAAAUCCAACUGCAAGGUGCGAGAUAACAAAUGUCGCAUGGACGAUAGAGAUCUGUGUCACAAGUCAUGGACGAAUUUGCGUCGGUCGCCUAUGUUCGGCUGCAUAUGUCCGAAUAACCAUAACAAGAAGCGAUGCGAUCGAAUUUUCAGCAUGGUAAACCACAACCCCUGCGUGGACAUUCUUCCACCUAUUCCUGAACAACCUGAACCCGCACAACCCCCUCUAGACCCCGAUCAAGACUUUAUUAGGAAUUUCUGGUCACCACCUACCAACCUUUACCCUUACUUUUUGUUCCCAUCUUCAUCGCACGGCACAGCCCACGGCACUUUCCGCACGCACAGCAACACCGGCACAUUCACUGGCAUGGGCACGGGCACGGGCACGGGCACGGCCACAGGCACCGGCACCAACAGCACGGCCUUUGGCUCUCACUCGUCCGUAGAAGAGACGCUCGUCACCUCCUUACAGUUUCCAGAGCUCGUCGUUCCGGCUUCGGACAAUACGUCUGCCUCAUUUGACUACGGGCUAGGCAAUGCCAUUGUCGAAAACCCGCUAGUAGACGCGGCCAACGGACUGGACGCGCACGCUGACCACAAUCACAUCAGUGUGAGUGUCUUAAGGAACAAUGGGAAACCGUCGGUGAGCUCUAACAUCAGUCCGUACCCGGAGGAUCUCGACGGGUCUGCAGGCGGUGCCGGAGUUUCCGCUCAGCACCAGAAAUACCCAAGUUCGACUGACCAUAGCCGUUCAGACUCGAACGAGGUAGCAAAGAUAAUAUUUCAAAGCACCUGCCACUUAGCCAUGGAGAGCUGCAACGGCAACUACCACUGCAAAGUCUCGCUCAACCCCAUAUUACAUCACUGCGACAUAUCCAGGUGCAACAGAAACUCCUGCAUGGAAGCUCUGCAGAGUUUUUACAGGAAACCCUCGCUCCCUUGGAACGUCGAAAUCGCCUUUUGUCUUUGCAAAAAAACAGACAAUAAGCAAGACAAAUGUUUAAUAGCACAAGAAAAACUGCACCCAGUUUGUGCCCAGAGAAUUGAAGGUUCGCCACAGCCCACUUGUCUCUCGUUGGCCAAAAGCUGUCGCGAGAAUAAAGAAUGCAGAUCCCGUUUAGAAUAUUACGAACAAUCGUGUGCAGUUGACAGCGUUACGAAAAAGUGUGCUGGUUCACCUGCGGAUUGUAGGACGGCCAUGUUGGGUAUUUUGGGUACAAACCUUAGGGCCACUUGUGCCUGCAAGGGGACAGAUAUGACUGAACUGUAUGAGUGUUUAGGCUGGCAAAGACUCCUCUGGGUCAAUCCCUGCGUAGUGGAAUCUCAAAAGGAUUUUCAUAUGAAAAAGGCGGCCGAAAUGGCUGCACUCACAACCCCUUCGACUACCAAAGCGACGACACCUUUGGAAGUCCGAACUCGGCCCAGCUUCGCCAUUCAUCAUAUCACCGUGAUGACCGCCACCGAGGCGCCGCUCCAGACGCGCGAAAACACAAUCGCCGAAUUCAUUCCGCCCCCGCAGCCGUUCAUCCCCACCUCCACCACCACGACUACCACCACCGCGGCCACCACCACCACGACGGCGAUGGCAACGACGACAAUUCCUCCAAAGUACUGUGUGUUCCCGAGGCCACAAUUUCCCAACCAAUAUAUAAAAGAAGGUUCAUUUAAAAGGAUAUAUCACGAAGAUGAAUUCGAAUGUUCGGACGUUUGCGAAUGUGAAAUAGGGGAAAAGUUAUCCUGCAAAACCAUUUGUAUAGAUCGAAUGCCUUGCAAAACAGAGUUCGCAUACUAUAACCACGCUGCACCCGCCUACCAAGCUUUCCGAGGGAGGUGUUUGUGUUACUCUGGACGUUUUAUUUGUAUGAAACCAUCCCCUAGCGAUUACAACUUACCGCAAGGAGUUUUUCUAUUUCUUGGAUAUAGCGAAGUUGAUGAAAGGAAACUUAAUAUAAAUCAAACCAGAGUUGUCGUUCAAGAUGUUGUCCGAGUUUUGCAAAACUUUAUCAAAGAAGAGGCCGUCAACGGAACUCUUUGUACGCUGGAAUUAUUUAACAUGACGAGAGAGAAUGUCAUUAUCGUCGGGAAGUUGUCGGACGAAGUUGAUUAUAGUAUGCUGUCUCCCAUGGAAAGUUUAACUAAAGAAAAGGAGCAGUGUGCCCAACUGCUAGAAAUAAUAAGUGAUAGGAUAAAUUCUCGUAAUCCAGACUUCAUAUCCCACCUGCUGCUGUCAAUUUUCAAGAUGGCGGAAGUGGAAAUUGUGCAGAUAGAGCCAAAUUCGUCAAAAACGUAUUCGUUAGCUCAGCAUUUAUUAGUUUCGAUAUUAUUUUUAACAAAAAUUAUUCAAAAGCUCCUAACUACACCAUCGUGACAUUAAGACUGUUCUUAAAGUAAGCACAAUUCAAUACAUAUCCUUUUACAAUGAAGAUUAAUAAGUAAUCUAAUCGACAUGAAGUGUCAAGUGGACACAAACUAUUUGGUUAAAUUAAAAUAAUCACUCUGUACAUAUCAGUGUUGACUGUUAAUAUUAGUUUGUUAUUUAUAGGUUAGUAUAGUCGAAUGUCAUUCCAUUAUCGUUUCUAAAGUAUUGCUCAGAUCAUGUUUUAACCGGAGUGUGUACAUUAAAAUUUCAUCCAUCUUGUUUUCGUACAUCCAAUCACGUACAAUCUUAAAAUGUCUUCCUAUGUGAGUUAUUGACAUCUACUCAGCCAGACAACUUUUUUAUGUUAUAUUCAUAA